GGAUGGAAAGGAAAUGAGUGGAGGAACAGCAGGGUUUGGUGAUUCAGGUACUAUAAAUUGUCACCUUUUCCUCUCUGCUCUAGAGAUUGAGACCUAACUGACAACUAGAGAGGGACAUAUCAUGUUCAGCUGGAAUGUGUAUCAUCUGGUAGCCCUUGCUUUGCUCUCUGCUCCUGAGUCUAGUGCUGAGUCUGAUGAUAAUGAUGAUUAUGAUACUGAUCUGGACCAGAUUGUUUUUAAAAUUAGUAAUACAUCGCAUAGUAUUACUGUAACAUGGUGGACCCCGAUUGAUAUAAACCCUGAGUGUUGUGAAGUUGAAGUGCAGUACAAGAGCCAAUGUGUCAAAGAAUGGAAGGAAGAUCAGAGGAUUGUAGUGAAACAAGAACAUGAGGUAUAUCAUUUGAACCUGUCCACUAUCAGCAUGAAGAUGAAUUACGAUUUCAGAAUAAGAAUGAAGCUGUGGUGUCUGGACAAGGAGUGGAACAACUGGACCAAAGUGCAAAGUUGGGGAAACAAUGCAGGUGCUUGUAUGGUAGAAGCAUCCCCCUACAUAUGGGUUUAUAUUUUGAUAAUUGCACUGCCACUAACCGCCUUUCUUCUUGUUUUCCUGUUGACCCAAGAGGGAAUUAGAAGACUGAUCCUUCCUGAAGUACCCGAUCCCAAACACUUCAUAAAUAAAAUCAUGGACACUGAGCAGUCGCAAUGGAGGGGGAACCUCACACAGUGGAAUGAAGAAUGCUCAACAACAGAUAUUGAGAUUAUUGAGAAGAAUGAAAGAGAAGAGCAACAUCAAACUUUGGUGAUACAGCCCAUGAACACCAGCCCAGAGAGCACAUACUGCAUCUACUCCUCUGAAACUCCUGGUAAAAACACAGAACCGCAGUACUCUCAGAACGUGUUGGGAUAUAUUUCCCUUUAAGCCCACAGAGAGGGGAUGAAAUCAUAUCGAUGAGCCAAUUUGAUGCUUUUAAGACUGAUAAUUUGAUUGGUGUAACACAUGGGUUUGUGAUCAUUACGGUUUGUUUAGCAUGGCUCUGUUAGCCUCUGCUGGUAGAUCUUGUAACUACACCAUCUGAAUACAAAAAGCGUAUUUUUCUAUUAAUGGCCAUUCAAAAUUAGCCAUAUGUUCUGAUGAAAUUAAUGUUUCUUAAGCAACAUAUUUCCAGGAUUUCUGCAUCGGCCAAAAAAGUGCCUGUGAGAUGAAUGGAAAUGCUAACUGAGAUAUUUCUGUAGGAUUUAUAAAUGUUCCUGUGAUCAGGAUUGUGGUUAAAGCACAGCUAGUGCACAGAAAAUCAUUUGAGCACAUCAGCUUGUAACAAACAAUGCAAGUGCAGUACAAUAAUUGGACAAUGGAGGGCACUCUGACUAUCCUGAAGUGUUAAAGAAGAGUUGAACCAUAUCAAAGCCAACAAGGAACACACUCUUCACAGCAUAACAGCCUUCUCUUAAGGGAGGAUGUACGUUAAUUUGAAGACUGAUUUAAAAGAUUAAUGUGAAACUGCAUAAUGGAUGUGGAAUUUCAGUGUGACGGCGUAACAAAGCCAGGGCAGCAGCUACACACUCCGAUCUGUUGUGAUUGAUGAACUGGAAUUGGGGGUAAAGGAGAAUAUGAACAAAUAAUCAUUAUGAAAUAGAAGCAAAAACGAAUGCUACACAGGUGGAUACAUGAAUGUAAAAAUGUACAGUUUCAGUCGUACUUGUCACAGCUUAAAACAGCUUUUUUUAAUAGUAUUGGUUUUAUGUGUGAGGCAGGAAGUGGGAUCCAAAAGUCUGAGAUUACAUCUACAAAACAACAAUUUUAAAUCCAAAAUUAAAAAAUAAAAAACAAAUACUAGGACAUUCUGAUACUCAUUUGAAUUUUUUGUCAUGCAUUUUUUUUC